GUCUCCGGAGACUCUUCAAUCAUUUCUCCAUUCUCUCGCUCGCCGCUCUCGUCUCUCCAACCCCACACAGCAAAGGAAGCCCCUUUCUUCUUCUUCCUCGCGAGCCAGCCAUGACGACGAGGCCUGACGGCGGCGGGGGCGCGGCGGAAAAGCAGAUGGUGCCCGUGGCGGCGGCGGCGAACGGGAAUGGCGCGCUGGCGGUGCGGAAGGCGCCGUCCAAGGACCGUCACAGCAAGGUGGACGGCCGCGGGCGGCGCAUCCGGAUGCCCAUCAUCUGCGCGGCGCGCGUCUUCCAGCUCACGCGCGAGCUCGGACACAAGUCCGACGGCCAGACCAUCGAGUGGCUGCUCCGCCAGGCCGAGCCCUCCAUCAUCGCCGCCACCGGCUCAGGCACCACCCCCGCUUCCUUCUCCACCUCUUCCCCUUCCUCCCUCCGCUCCUCCAAUUCCACCCACUCCCACUCGGCGGCACAGGCGCAGCCGCUCGGCGCCGGCGGAGCGCACCAGCACCACCACCUGCUCCCGCACGCGGCGCCCUUCAUCCUCGGCAAGCGCGUCCGCGGCGGCGAGGACGAUGAAGACGGCCACGGCAACGACCAGGCCGCCGCCGUCUCGAUGGGCCCCGCGCCGGGGUUCUGGGCGCUGCCGGCCAGGGCGGCGGACUUCGGCCAGCUCUGGAGCUUCGCCGCCGCGCCGGAGAUGAUGGUGGCGGCGGCCGCGCCCGCCAUGGCCGGGGAGGCCUCCGCCGCCAGGGUCGGCAACUACCUCCCCAUGGGGCAGGGCGUCAACCUCAUCGCCUCCUUGGGCGGGCCUGGGCCCGCCGCCGGCCCGCCAGCCGGACGGGCCGAGGAGGAGGCCGCCCGCUGACCUGGCCCCCCGCUCUCUAGGAUUUUAGGGCUAGGGUUUCUUCGUGGCCCUCCUGCCGCUGCGUGUCAAACUCAACUCCGGGUGCAGGUUGCUUCCCGAGUCGCUUGAUUUGCUUCUUCUUUUUCUGGAGGGGGUUAAUUAAUUUCUAGGGUUCCUCACUCAAUUGGGCGGGCCUCUAGCAAGAGCAAGGAUUACUGCUACUUAAAUUAUAGACUUCGUCAUCCAAGGUUGUUGUGUGGUGGUCAAUUCAGUCGCAAAGCUUUGCUCUUCCUCUUCCUCAGUUCGGUUUGCAUAGGAGCUUUAGCCGCUUAGGUCAGUUCAGGUCAGGUGCUUGUUAGUCUCUCCUCUUGUUUCCCCCCACCACUAGCAGCAAGAAUUCUUCUCCAUGUUCUUGUCAAACUCAGGGGAGGGGGGCGUCUGGCUUGCUCAAGUCAAUCAGUCAGUCCGUGCUGCUGCUGUCAAAUGUAGUUCCCUCUCUUGCUUGCUCCCAUGGUGUGUUGUGAAUUCCAACAAAGAAGAACAGGAAAGGUGUCGUCCCUGCUUGCCAGCGCAAAAUUGCAAUUGUUCUACAGCUGCUGCAAUUGCAAUGCUGUAGUAUCAAAAUUGGAGAAGGGAAUGGGUUUACACAGCUUUUUGUAAGUUGUUUCAUCUGUUCCUCUGCCGUCUGCUCUGCCUACCUGCUUUUGCUGCUGUAGUUCUUCUUUUAGGCCCUGUUCAGAUUUUUCCUUCUUUUGUUCUCUGGAUUGAAUUAGUGCUUGGGGAAUAAUAAGUAAAUUGUUGGUAGCUCAGCUAGCUCCUCCUUCGUGUAUGUACCUAUGGAUUGUUUGAUGUGUUAAUUAUUGUCACCUUGAAAUCAAUGGACAGAACCAAAGGAGAGCAAAAGAAGAAUGCAA